CGCGUCGUUGCAUAAUAUUUCGGUUUAAAUACAGUUUGAUUAUUAAUAAAGUCCGCAUGAAUUACAUCAGUUAGUGUAUAACGCCAUCUCGUUUUUAAAUGGUUUUCUAAUUUCAGAUUAUGUUCUAAGACAAUUUUGUCGCAGUAGUAGUUGCUAUGCGAUAAUUGCUUGGAAGCUGUAAAAAUGAAGCAUAUAGAUAAGUAAAUCACUGUAGAAGCUGAAUUUGAGGGUGGAAAUGUCACGAUUUCCAUUGGAAGCUGGGGAUUUGCAUACCUCAGGCAACCCCUCCCAUUCAGAUAUAAGGACUCAGUAGCGCGUCGCGCUCAGUUCUCUCCCGGAUCAAACGUAGUUUGGAAAAUCAUGUGUUGACAGUUAACAUCCGCAAUACACGCAUGUUAACAAUAACUGCAACUGAUAGCCUGACGUUAAGUUUUCGGAGACACAUACAUCCAUACAUAUAUGCAGCGGGAGUGUUUCCCGGUUGAUUUCUCCGUGCUGCCGAAACCCCAAGCCUCCCGAUGAUGACAUUUGCCAUGCUGAGGCCCAUGGCUACUCACCUCGUCUAUCCCGACAUCAGCAUGAUGUCCGAGGACGAGGAGAACCGCAGCGAGAGCGACGGCAGCUCGGAUCAGAGCUACGGAUACUGCGCCGAGAAGCACCGGAGGAUGUCUCGCAAGUCCGGGGUCACCGGCGUGGUGAUGGUGAAGCAGCGCAACGCGGCCAACGCCAGGGAGCGGGACCGUACGCAGAGCGUCAACUCGGCUUUCACGGCGCUGCGGACUCUCAUUCCCACCGAGCCGGUGGACAGAAAGCUCUCCAAGAUCGAGACGCUUCGCCUGGCCUCCAGCUACAUCUCGCACCUGGCAAACGUGCUGCUUUUGGGGGACGGUAGCGAGGAUGGCCAGCCGUGCCUGAGCGCGGUGUACAGCGCGCAGGGGGAAGGGGACGGAAAGCAGCCCAGGACCAUCUGUACGUUCUGUUUAAGCAACCAGAGGAAAGGGGUGAAGGAUGGCAGAGAUUGCCUGAGGAUGCGUGGAGUCAGUUCGCUGCGAAUGAGUCGCAGGUAGACGGCCUGCAAAGCCGCCCGGAGCCGGAAUCAGUGUUCACAUCUCAGGGAGCUCCAAGCCGGCCGCGGGAAACUGUCCGUAUCGGGUGACACGAAAGACGGAUCCAGAUCGAGAAACAGAGUGAAAUUCUUUCAUUUAGAGAAAGUCGCACGAACUGUUUCAGCCACUCUGGACUGGAUGGGGGCGGGGGGUAGUUACUGUUUUUAAGGCCGUUUGAACUUUAAUGCAGAGCAUGAAGUUAUUGCCGUUAAAAGAGAAUUUAUUGAAUUGUUACUUGCGUGGAGACAAUGCUUGUAUUCCUCUUUCAAAUAAAGUUUAUUUUUUCAAUA